CAAAUGGAAUCCACACAACACGGACGAUCAAACAUGUGGAGACGUAGAUCAUUUUUCAAAAUAAAGAGGUGCUCAAUUAUAUUCUUUAGCCUCCUCUUUAUUUUCAUAUGGGUCAAUCAUUCCAAUCUCGAGGAUGAUGCAGCAACGAUUCCUGCGGAUCAUCAGAAAAAAAACGAUGGGGAGACCACACCCCGAUCGGAGCGAUUGUGUCACCUGGCCAAGCAGCAAAUCUUGAAGGACCGGGAGUACUUCAUGUUAAAGAAGGAGCGGGAACAAACUACCACCACCGAGACUUUUGAAGAGUACGAGACCACAGCUAUGGAUAUCGAAUACCUAGCCAACCGAAAGCCAAAAGUGACAGCACAGCCGGCGAACCGAUACUUUGUCUACAGCCAAAAGUGCAAGAUGCCUUACGCGGAUCCCUUCUCCAACGAGGCUUUGGCCAUUUACAGUCCAGCCAAACUCAGGACCUGCACGAAUGACUCGGAUCUACUUACGCUGAGCGUUGAUCUAAAACAACAUAAGUACAAGAUGCAAGUGAAUACCGAAGUGCUUGUCGAAUUGGAUCCGAACAUCACUCAGCUGACUUGCAGCUAUCAAGAGGUGAGAAGCGUUAAAGAUGCCACCGGAAAGUUCUUCAGUGUACUUCUCCCACCCGUCGACAUGACAGACAACAUGGCGUUGGAUAGGAAUAUAAGCGGAAUAUUAGCCGAGUGCCGUGAUAAAAAGAACGCAUCCAGAAUAGUUCAGCGGGAUGCCUUCCCGCUCGUGCAAGUGAUCCCGAAGACAUCUCGGACUGAGUCCCAUCCCUUGCCCAGGCAGCCCAGCGUCAUUAUGCUGGGCCUGGACACCAUGUCGCGGAUGAACUUUAAGCGCACAAUGCCAAAGACUGCCGAAUAUGUGCAACAGUUGGGCUGGUUCGAGAUGGAAGGCUACAACAAAGUGGCGGACAAUACGUUUCCAAAUCUGUGCACUGUUUUGGCUGGUGGCAAGCCAGCGCAACUCGAUAAAGUAUGUGAAGAGCAUAGCUCGUGUCCUUGGAUAUGGAGGGACUUCAAGGAAGCAGGCUAUUCGACGGCUUACGGGGAAGAUAUAGCAUCAGAUUCCGUCUUCCCAGUUAGUGAAUCCGGGUUUCGCUAUACCCCUACCGACUUUUAUCUACGCCCUUUUCUAUCGGGCCUUACUGAGUCGAUGCACACCUUCAGAAGAUUUGGCUACAACUAUUGUGUGGGCAGACGACUAGCCAUUUCGUAUCUGUACGAUUUUUGUUUGCAGUUCACUCAAAGGUUAAUCGAGGAGUUGGAUCAACCUGCCUUCGGUUUCUUUUGGAGCUGCACCUUCACCCACGGCUAUCAUUACGGAGCUUCCAGUUUGGAUCGCGUAUUCAUGGACUACCUAAAGAUACUCGAGACUCAUCAGAUCUUUAAGAAAGCCAUCGUGAUCCUGUUCAGCGAUCAUGGUGAGAGAUUUGGUGAACUGGCCGAACUACCAGACGGGUUUCUGGAGGAACGUUUGCCCAUGCUGCACAUCUACUUGCCCCCUUGGUUCCGCAAAACGUAUCCCAGUUAUGCCCAGUCGCUUUAUCUGAAUCGAAACCGCCUGUCGUCUCCCUACGAUCUACACAACACGCUGCGGCACAUUCUCCAGCUGAAUGCAACGAAACCUGAAGAUCUUCCCCGCUGGAAAAUUGUCCCACCAGUCAAUCUCUUUUCCACCCAUUGCCACAGGAACGCAGCUGCAAGGAGGCCUGCAUCGGAGAUCACUGGUGUACGUGCAAAGAAUUCGUUGCCGUUAAGCUCAACGCACAGGCCUAUAGCCUAGUCAAACUGACACUU